AUGGAGAAGGGCCGUCAGGCCGCCGUGACAGACUCGGCCGCGGGGCCGGGAGCUGCCAGGGCGGCGCCUCGUGCUGGGCCCUUGGCCUCGUGGGCUGUGUCACCCCCCCCCCAUGGCGAGGUGUGGGGCGCACAACUGGGGAGCGUGGUAACAGGGCUGAGGGCUGCUUGGUGCACGGGGCCUGCCCGUGCGCUUGGCCACUUUGUGAAGGUGUCCAGCUGGUGCAGUCCUCGCUCAAGGGGGUGCCACCGCCUGUUUCACGUGCCCCGUCCUUCCCUUCUCCAGCUGCUUGCAGAUCCCUACGAGAGCUUCAUGUACCACCACCUCCGGUACUACGGCUACUUCAAAGGCCAGGAGAAAGCACUGCAGAACAACUCCAUACUGCCUUCAGGGCACCAGCAGAAGAGCUCUACUUGCCUGCUGAAGCAGGAUGGCUUCCAGGAGAGUAAUAAAUCAAACCAAAAUUCUCUGCAGGACAAGAAGAAGCUUAUAUGUUCUCUGAUGCUGGAGGCAGCGCUUCUCAAGAACAAACAGGUUCUAGUUCAUCAUCCAGAAAGUCUGGGAUUUCCAUGCCUGAGGGAACCUCGGGGGCUUUUUACUUUUCCCACCUCAGGAACUCUCCUUCAGGCACCACAGUGGCCAAUUGAGUGUGAAGUCAUCAAGGAACAAAUCCAGCACAUUGAGUGGGUACCGCCCAACUUGGAGCCAUUUUACCAGCUCACAGGGAAUGAGAAGGCACCAGAGAUUGUAGGAGAGGAAAAAGGAACAGUUGUUUACCACAUAAAUCCAGCAGCCAAAGGCACCUGCUUUACCUGUGCCCGGGUUGGAGGUACUCGAGGGCCUGUCAGGUCACCUGCAGUUACCUUGGAAGGCCCAGAGGACACCACUCUGCUCUUUGAAUCACGGUUUGAGAGCGGGAACCUCCAGAAAGCUGUCAGAGUUGGUCCCUAUGACUAUGAACUGACACUGCGGACAGACCUCUACACCAGUAAACACACCCAGUGGUUCUACUUCCGAGUUAGGAACAUGAGGAAGGAUAUCCUGUAUCGCUUCACAAUUGUCAAUCUCAUGAAGCCCAAGAGCCUGUACAGCAUGGGCAUGAAGCCCCUCCUGUACUCUGAGAGGGAUGCCCAGACCAACAGCAUUGGCUGGAGGAGAGAGGGGGCCGACAUCUGCUACUAUCGAUGCAGUUCCAAGGAGAAGCAGGCCACAUAUUGUUUAACCUGGACUGUGCACUUCCCACAUGACCAUGACACAUGCUACUUUGCCCACUCUUACCCCUACACUUACUCGGACCUGCAGCGCUACCUGCUGGCAAUGACCAAUGACACAGUCUACUCACAGUACUGCAAGCUCCGGGCUCUGUGCCAGAGCCUGGCAGGCAACACUGUCUACCUCCUUACCAUUACCAGCCCCUCCAGGAACCCUGAUGAGGCUGCUGCCAAGAAGGCUGUGGUGCUGAGUGCCAGGGUUCACCCUGGAGAAACCAGUGGCUCAUGGGUGAUGCGAGGCUUCCUUGAUUUUAUCCUGAGCAAUGCCCCUGAUGCUCAGCUCCUAAGGGAGCUCUUUAUAUUUAAGGUGGUGCCCAUGCUGAACCCAGAUGGUGUGAUUGUGGGGAACUAUCGCUGCUCUCUGGCUGGGCGGGACCUGAACAGAAACUACAUGACAAUACUGAAGGAGUCCUUUCCCUGCAUUUGGCAUACCCGUGCCAUGAUCAAGAGAGUCCUGGAGAAGCGAGAGAUUCUGCUGUAUUGCGACUUACAUGGGCACAGCCGAAAGAACAAUGUCUUCAUGUAUGGCUGUAACAACAAAGGACCUACAGCGCAGCAGCUCCAUGAACGCAUCUUCCCUCUGAUGCUGAGCAAAAAUGCUCCUGAUAAGUUUUCUUUUCACAGCUGCAAGUUUAAAGUCCAGAAAAGUAAAGAAGGGACAGGUCGGAUUGUGAUGUGGAGGAUGGGAAUCCCAAACAGCUACACCAUGGAGUCCACCUUUGGUGGCUCGACACUGGGCAAGAAGAGUGACUCACACUUUACCUCAGAGGACCUCAAGUCUCUGGGCUAUCAUAUCUGCGACACUCUCUUGGAUUUCUGUGAUCCUGACCGCUCUAAGUUUCUGCAAUGUAUGGCUGAGCUGCAGGAGCUGCUGCGGCAGCAAAUCUGUCAGAAGCUCAAGGAGCGUGGGCAUAAGGAGGACUCAGAUGGCACCUGGAGUGACAACUCCCUGUCAGACAUUGAGUCCAGCACCAGUGGCUCCAACAGCUCCCAAUCAGAUGGCCUCCCUGCUCACUUACUCAGCUUGGCAGAGAAGUUUAACCAGAAGAAGAGGAAGAAGAAAUGGCUCCGGACAAGGAAAGAAAGGAAUGAACUGCACCAGAAAUACACCUCGCCACAGAAAAUGGUGGGUCAGGAAAGCCUCUUGGUGAGAGUUGCUCCUUCCAAAUCAAGAAAGCGACCUGCUUUUUUCAAGAAUUCAGGCAGAUGCAGCAGUGCAGGAAAGAGAACUGAGCAGAUGGCAGAAGAGAAAAAUGUGGCAAGUCCCAUGUGCCGAGUCCACCAGCCUGUCAGCACGCUGUCUUUGUGCAUGGAGAAUAGCAGUGGCAAACAGGGCAAAAAUCCAGAAGACAUAAUAAUGUCCUAUCUGCAGAGGAGAAAACUAAAUGCUAGUCAAGAGUCUCACCAUUUAAAAGGAAGGUUGUCUUGGCACACAUUUUCUUGCACUCGUCCCUGUCCCCAUGAAAUAAGCCAUCAGCCCAGCCCCCUAGUCAAGAACCUAUGGAAGACCCAUCGGCCUCACCUCAUCCCUGUCAUCCCCCUGUUGAGGACACAGAAACCUCUGCUGGUGCCUCUGAAACAGUACCAUCCACCUUUCCAUUCACAACUGGAUGGACAGCCACCUGAGGAACAGCCCACAGGUCUGUGUGGUGGAACUCUGAAGCACCAGCCACAACUCCACUGAUGGACAGAAACCUCUCACCAAGAGCCCAACUUCCUGGCAAGGGAGCCCCCUCAAGCUGAACCAGAGCCAGUCGCAUCAACUUCUCCCUUCCAGAUGGGAUGUGGAAGCUCCUUGACUUCCAGCCCUUCUGCACUGAAGCACAGAGAUGUGAGAGGCUUUGCCAGCCAUUCCAUGUAAGAGACUCCCAGCUGAAGUGCCUCAACCCCUGCUCAGCCACAUUCCCAGACUGAUUAAA